GAGCCCGGGGGCAGCGGGCAGGGGGCGGGCAGCGAUCGUGCGCCCCCCGACGAGGGACGGGGCCGGGGCUCCGGUGGCGGCGCCUCCCCCGGGCAGCUCCGCGGGCCGCGCCCGCCGCCGGGCGAUGGUGGCGGCGGCGGAGGCGGCAGCAGCAACUUCCCGCUGAGGGGCCGACAGAGGAGCGGAAAUUUGGGGGGGAAGGCAAAAAAAACAAACAAAAAAAAAAAGAACCGAGAGAACUUCCCCCUGCGCCGCGCUGCGCCGCGCUCCGGCUGAAAGAUGUCUGAGACCGCUGCCCAGUGUUGCAUCAAGCAGGAAAGAAUUUCCUACACACCUCCAGCGAGCCCGGUACCAAAUCACACUUCCUCGACACCACUACAUGUCCCAGUGCCUCGAGCGAUAAGGAUGGAGGAAGACAUGAUCAGACUGCCAGCACACCUGCGUGAGUGUCAGUGCGGAGGCAUGCCUCCUUCAGCUGAGGAGGGUGCCGGGCAGGGUUUGCAGCCCGUUUACUGGAGCAGGGAUGAUGUGGCACAGUGGCUCAGAUGGGCAGAGAAGGAGUUUUCCUUGAGGCCGAUUGAGAGCAACACUUUUGAGAUGAAUGGCAAGGCUCUGCUGCUCCUGACCAAAGAGGACUUUCGAUACAGGUCUCCUCAUUCAGGCGAUGUUCUGUAUGAACUCCUUCAGAAUAUCCUGAAGCAAAGGAAAGCUCGUAUGCUGUUCCCACCUUUUUUCCACCCUGGGAACUCAAUCCAUGCUCAGCCAGAGGUCCUAUUACACCAGAACCAUGACGAAGAUAGCUUUGUCCAGAGACCUUCAAGACCAUCCACAGAAACAGUCCACCACAAUACCCCAACCAUUGAACUGUUGCAUCGUUCUAGAUCACCCAUCACCAACAACCACCGUCCAUCACCAGACCCCGAUCAGUGGCCACUGAAGUCCCCUAUGGACAAUGCCAUCCGUCGCCUCUCCCCAGCUGACAGGGUGCCAGGGUCAAGGCAUCAGCAAGAGAACAACCACCAGGAGUCCUAUCCUCUCUCAGUGUCCCCAGUAGAGAACAACCACUGCCUGCCUCCUCCUGAGGUGCUCCAGAAGCCCUUGAGCCCUCGCCAGGAGAACACCAGGGUCAUCCAGCUGAUGCCCAGCCCUAUCAUGCAUCCUUUGAUACUGAACCCCAGGCACUCCGAUUUCAAACCUCCAAGGUUGUCUGAGGAUGGGCUGCACAGGGAGGUAAAGCCAAUCAACUUGUCCCACCGAGAAGAGUUAGCUUACAUGAACCACAUCAUGGUGUCUGUAUCCCCUCCUGAGGACCAUGCAAUGCCAAUAGGAAGAAUAGCGGACUGUAGGUUGCUUUGGGAUUAUGUUUAUCAGCUGCUUUCUGACAGCCGGUACGAAAAUUUCAUCCGAUGGGAAGAUAAGGAAUCCAAAAUAUUUCGGAUAGUGGAUCCCAACGGGCUGGCCCGGCUGUGGGGAAACCACAAGAACAGAACAAAUAUGACUUAUGAGAAAAUGUCCAGAGCCCUACGCCACUACUACAAACUAAAUAUUAUCCGGAAGGAGCCAGGACAAAGGCUUUUGUUCAGGUUCAUGAAGACCCCAGAUGAGAUUAUGAGUGGCAGAACAGACCGCCUCGAGCACCUUGAGUCCCAGGAACUGGAUGAACAAACAUACCAAGAAGAUGAGUGCUGAAGGGAACUGGUGCACCGCCUCUGUGUGUCCACGGGAGAAACAUCUGCCUGGAUGGCUGGCACAGUUUGGGAGGGGAAGCAACAACACAGAAGCAGUACUUGCGGUCUCCACUUAGCUUGAAGACCAUGCAGGACCUGAAGCACCUUAACAAAACAAACUAACAGGCAGAAGUGGUGCUGGCAGAAAAGUAAAGGGGAGAAAGCCUGGACUUAUGCACUACUUCACUGUUCCUACAGAGUCUCCCUUGAGUUCUUUCUUUCUUUUUGGUUUCAUUUUUUUUGUUUGUUGGUUUUUUUUUUUUUGGAUUUGUUUUUUUUUCCCCCCUAAUAAACAUGCAGUUUGAUUUUCCUUAUCUCA